AUGAUUCCUCCUGCAAGUCAACUCGUGUACUCUCGCAAACAGAGCUGAAAUAUUAGACCGCUAUUGUAUUGAAGGAGGGUGGCGUGACAUAUCGCCACACUUCUGAACGCUUUAUAUCUUUUGAGCAGAACAUCAGUGAUCAAACUGGCCGCCAGACCGAGUUUUGUACUCGGUCUAUUUUUGAUAGACACAUUUUAGCUUUUGCCGACCUCGUUAUCUUGAGGCUGAAGUGGCAGGUCUCCUCUCCUAGCGAACUAUAGUGUUGCACAAAAAGCAUGGUCAUGGCUGACUGUCACCAAAAGCCAGUGCUCCGGGGACCGGUCCGAGUGGGCUUCUACGAUAUCGAGCGGACUCUUGGAAAGGGCAAUUUCGCGGUUGUAAAACUGGCAAGACAUCGUAUAACUAAGACAGAGGUGGCUAUAAAGAUCAUUGACAAGACUCAGCUGGAUGCUGUAAACCUGGAGAAGAUCUAUCGUGAAGUACAAAUCAUGAAAAUGCUGGACCACCCGCACAUCAUUAAAUUGUACCAGGUCAUGGAGACCAAGAAUAUGCUGUACCUAGUGACAGAGUAUGCCAAGAAUGGGGAAAUUUUUGAUCAUUUAGCCAAGCACGGACGGCUGAAUGAACCAGAGGCACGGCGUAAGUUUUGGCAAAUUCUGUCUGCUGUCGAGUACUGCCACAAUCGUAACAUUGUUCACCGGGACUUGAAGGCAGAGAACCUGCUGCUAGACGGACACAUGAACAUCAAGAUUGCUGAUUUUGGCUUUGGAAACUUCUUCCAGCCAGGAAAGCCCCUGGCCACAUGGUGCGGGAGUCCUCCAUAUGCAGCCCCGGAGGUUUUUGAGGGACAGCAGUAUGAGGGACCCCAGCUAGACAUCUGGAGUAUGGGGGUGGUCCUGUACGUGCUGGUGUGUGGGGCCCUGCCAUUCGACGGCCCCUCUCUCCCCAUCCUGCGACAGCGUGUUCUGGAGGGCCGAUUCCGUAUCCCUUACUUCAUGACAGAAGACUGUGAGCAUCUGAUCAGGCGGAUGUUGGUGUUGGACCCUUCCAAACGUCUGUCUAUAGGACAAAUAAAGGAGCACAAGUGGAUGGUUAUGGAGGUACCAGUGCAGAGGCAGAUGUUAUAUCAGCCAACUGCUGAGGCAGAGGCUGGAGUGGGAGAAUACAGCGAACAGGUGCUCAGGUUAAUGCACAGUCUGGGCAUUGACCAGCACAAGACUGUAGAGUCUCUUCAGAAUAAGAGUUACAAUCAUUUUGCUGCUAUCUACUAUUUGCUGGUUGAGAGGUUAAAGGCACACCGCUGCAGUUUUCCUGUUGAACCACGUCUCGAUGCCCGUCAGAGACGACCCAGUACAAUCGCCGAGCAGACCGUUGUCAAGGCGAGCAGCGCUGCUCCUCAGGUGAGCCUCCUGCCUCAGAACGUAUGGCUCCUGCGCUCCCCAGCGGUGCCUCAAACCUCCACGGACUCAUUCACAUUCCCACAGUCCUCUUGUGCUGCUGAGCACAGCCUUAUGGAGGAGGAGGUUGGAACUCCCAAAGUCAACGGCUGCAUGCUGGACCCCCUUCCCCCAGUGGUCGUUCGCAAAUCCAGUGCCUCAUCCCCCAGCAACAUGAUGGAGACGUCUAUAGACGAGGGCAUCGAGACAGAGGAGCUGGACACAGAGGAUGACCCUAUCCAUGUCUUCAAUGCGUAUCAGACGGCACGCUUCGGGCAGCGCAGACACACGCUGUCAGAGGUCACCAACCAGCCAGGAGUCAUGGCCAGUGCAGGUAAACUGUACAGCAUGGGUCCUAACCCCUCACUGGGCAACGUUGAUUCAGAGUACGACAUGGGCUCCAUGCACAGCGAUCUGAGUCUGCUGGAGGACACACUUUCUCUUAACGAGGUGGUCCUUGCCAAUACACCCAUCACUCAUAUGACUCCGCCCUUCAUCAGUGCUAGGCCCGCUAACCCUGCCAUGCAGGCACUGAGUGCUCAGAGGAGAGAGACGCACAACCGCUCUCCCAUCAGCUUCCGGGAGGGCCGUAGAGCGUCAGACACUUCACUCACACAAGGCUUGGUGGCCUUCAGACAGCACCUACAGAACCUGGCACGGACCAAAGGUAUCCUGGAGCUAAAUAAGGUGUAUGAGCAAAUGGGCUCUGGAGAAAACCCUUCCCUGGGGCUGCUCAGCCCUCAUGCCCAUCCACAUAACUUGCUGGACCCUGCACUACAGGAGGAAAGAGGACACCAGCACGACAUGGCUCUGUGCUCAGGUGGAACACACCCUGCACUGCUGUCAAGGAGACAGAGUCUGGAGCCGCAGUACCUCUCUCACAGAAUACAGAAAGCUACUCUGAUGGCCAACAGCCCCAGCAGCUGCCAGAUGUUCUGCAAAGAAACUCCUCGCAGUCUAGAGCAACAGUUGCAGGAACACAGGCUGCAGCAGAAGCGGCUACAUCUCCAUAAACAAUCCCAAAUGCAGGCCUACUUCAAUCAGAUGCACAUUGUGGAGGACCCAUUUGCUUCUUGUCAACCAUUGGGGCACCAGGACUCAGGAGUUCCUCCUCAGCCACAGGGUUCCAUAACACCAGCUCAUCAGCAACAGCAGGGUCCCCAAGCCUCCCCGCCGUAUGCACACUCACAGCCCCUCGGCCUUCUAAUGGAGCCCAACCCAGAGGCCCAAGCUUAUGAGCCCUACCUGGGCCAUUACCCUCAGAUGCAGCCAACACCUCUACCACAAGGAUUCUCUGCUCCGCUACAGAGCCAACAACCCAAACCCCUAAACUACAGCUACCCAACCUGUGAUCCUGGCCACUCUCCCUCGGGAGAAACACUGUACCAGGAGCAAUACAACUAUCCACUUGAUCUGGGGCAGCCACCUCCAACGGCCCCAGUAGAGGGCGCUGCAACUGGGUACGAAGGGCUGAGUGACCCCUUUCUGGACAGUGAAAUGAUGGAAACGGUGGACUCCCAGCAUGGUUUUGUGCUGGUGAACUAAGUCAAAGCAGUGAAAAUAACCAGUAUUGCCUUGAUUGACGGACGAAUUGAUGGAGAUUAGGUAACGGGAUGGAUCAAGUUUUGUAUUGUCAUCGUUUUAGGUUGUGGCGAACGUGAGCUGUAAUCGGUUUUCUUAUUUUACGAAACUCCUCCCUACCUCCCUCCUCAUUCUCUGGUGGUCCUACCUGCUUGCUCUUUCUUACAAUGGAGGGCCAGAUAGCAUGGCAUUUGGGCCAGCGCCGGGUCGGCUGUGUGGGUGCUCACCUUUCGUCUCCGAGCUGACUGCGGGAUAGGAGCUGCUCGCUAUGCACUGUAUGUAGCACAGAGACAGCCUAGAUCUGCAAUACAGAGCCUGCUCGAGAGCACAAUUAAAUAAUGACACAUUUUGUACUGAAACUGAACAAAAAUCAAACUCAGAGUGACUUUCAUUAUGAAAGACUGCUUGCUGUUGUGCACACUUGAUAAGUGCAGUGUUAGUUAAAAACACAUAUUGAAUAGUUACAAUAUUGAAGCAAUAUACUGAUUCAUCUGGAAGCCAUACGUUGGAACUACACCACCCAAAACAUUUUCAAUGGCGCAAGUUCAGUGUGGCUGAAACUGUGAUUUUUCACUGGAUUCCCCCUUCAUCCUAAAGGCCCUCAAAAUAACAAUUUGUUCUAUAAAUGUAACCGUGUUAUCUUGUUCUGUAAUAUUACAGUUCCUCUGCAUCGGCACACAAGCAUUUGGUGCACCAUGGAGGGAUGAGUCACGACACUCUUUCCACAGUGAUGAUUAAUGGGGAGUUGUUUGUUUGUCAGGUGACAUCAUCACCUCCAUGGGCGUUGUCAGUUUAGGCAUGCAUUUAUGUGAUUUAGAAUGUCCAAUUAUGAUUAUUUCGGUGGUAUUGCCUUUUACACUACACUAAACUAGAAUACAUCAGCAUUUCAGAAUCACAGUAAACUCCACAUUUAGUCACAAGACACUGGAUUCCGGCAAAUUCAUUCCGUUACCGUUACGACAGACAAAAAUAAAAUAAAAAAUGGAGAUUGUUUUUAUUAGCAGCACUUAGUAAAUCUGUUCUACUUGAAAUUACAGUCUGUGACUAAACCCAGAUGUCACAUGCUACUAUAUACAGAAAGAUGAUGAAGAAAAGGAUCAUUUAUUGUUUGGGACUUCGUAACAGAAUAUGUAUUCUGAAGCUAUUAAGACAGACACAGAAACUAGAGCACUUUGUCGAGGGAAUAAAUGGAAAUGUAGCUAAGGAGGAGAUGGCAGAUGGGUAAGGUGAACCUGCUCUGCUUGUUUCGUCAACUAAGAAACACAAAACUCAUCUCUUUUCAAUAAUGAACUACCCACAAGUCAGCGCUCUUUCAAAGAAGGAUGCAGAGAGAGCAUGACUUGGUGAUUGUUCGACAUGCUUUGUGUAAAGUAGGGGUUAGAAAAGCACUUUAAAAGUGUUUUCAAAAUGCAACAAAUAUGAUGUUUAAUGUGAUGGUGUUUAGUGUGCCUUUUUCUUUGUUCUUUUUAAGUUAAGAUCUUAAAGGGAUAGUUCACCCAAACAUGAAAAUUCGGUCAAUAUUUACUCACCGUCAUGUGCUAAACCCGAAUGACUUUCUUUCUUCCAUGGAACACAAAACAUUUUUAAUAAUGUAUUGGUUGCUGUUUUCCAUACAGUUAUAAUGAAUGGGGGACUGAAGCUUUCAAGCUUCAAAAAGGAUGUAAAAGCACUGUAAAACCAUCAUAGAAUGUUUAAUAUUGGUCACUCUUGUCCAUGCAGUUACAAUCAAAGGCAGCUGAAGCUUUCAGGCUUAAAAAAGGAUGUAAAAGCACCAUAAAGGUAUCAUAGAAGUAGUCAUGGCCUAGUCAGGGCAUUGCCCUUCUCAUAUCCCCCUCCCUGACUGGCAGAGUAACCAUGAAGGGGCACUCCACCCCUUUUGUGAACCAGACUAACCGAUUUCUUGAGAUGUUCUGACUCAAAAGAAUAAUUCAUGGAUCUCCAACGAGAGCUAGAAUGAUUGUCAAGAUUUUCAGUGAAAAACUACAUCAAUUUUGAUCUGUUUGUCAUAGAAAGCUAGUGUAUUGCUUCAGAUGACUUGGAAUAUAUUACACAAGUUUAUGCUACUUUUUAUUGGUGCUUUUCUCUCCUUUUUAAUCUUGAAAGCUUCAUUAUUUCUUCUUCUGUGUUCCACGGAAGUGAGACAUACAGUUUUGGAAUAUUUGGGUGAACUACCCCUUUAAUAGCUGUGCUUUUCAGUUUAAUUCAGUUUUUGUUGGUAUUGUUACAGAACAAAUGUAGAUCCAGGUUUUAUAAAGGUACAAAACCAAAGUCCCCUCAGAAAUGUUCCUGCAUAACCCCACCAUGUGGAGUUUGGAGCCACUUGGUCAGCUUCGUAACAGUGCUUUUUAUUUUUGUUAAAAAAAAAAAAUUUAAAAAAACAUUUUUUUUUGUCAAUCA